AUGUGUGGCAUUCUCGGCUGCAUUCAUCACCCGGACGCUCCGGCGUACCGUAGCAAGAUGCUCAGCAUGUCGCGCUGCAUCCGCCACCGCGGCCCCGACUGGUCCGGCUGUGUCGUCACGCCCGAGGACGGCACCAAGGGUUCCAUCCUCUGCCACGAGCGUUUGGCCAUCGUCGGCAUCUCCACCGGCGCACAGCCGCUCGUCUCCACCGACGGAAAGCUCAUCCUCGCCGUCAACGGUGAGAUCUACAACCACCGCCAGCUGCGCAAGGGACUCAAGGAUCAGAGCGCCGAAUUCAAGACCGAGUCCGACUGCGAGGUCAUCCUGCACCUCUACCGCGAACACGGCACCGACUUUGUCAAGAUGCUCGACGGCAUGUUCUCCUUCAUCCUCCUCGACACAACCCACACCCCGCACCGCGUCGUUGCUGCGCGCGACCCCAUCGGCAUCACCACGCUCUACCAGGGCGCCUCGUACAAGUACCCCGGCGCCAUCUACUUUUCCUCGGAGCUCAAGGCCAUCCACGAGGAGUGCGACCGCAUCCGCUCCUUCCCGCCCGGCCACUUCUACGACUCGGCCCUCCCCGAGGGCAAGGAGACCGUGCGCUACUACACGCCCAACUGGCUCGACACCGAUGCCGACGGCGCCGUGAUCCCGGCCAACCCGACCGACCUCAAGCAGAUCCGCGAAGCGCUCGAAAAGGCGGUGCGCAAGCGUCUCAUGUCCGAGGUGCCCUACGGUGUGCUGCUCUCCGGUGGUCUCGACUCGUCGCUCAUCGCCUCGAUCGCGGCGAGAGAGACUGACAAGAUGGCCGACCUCCAGCGCAAGGCGUGGGAGGAGCGUCAGGCUCGCCGUGCCCGCGGCGUCACCACACCCGCCGGCAACGCCAACGGUGCCAAGCUCCCCGUCGGUCUGGACGAGGAUGCCGAGAACGAGGUGGAGAACCUGGCUGCUUGGCCGCGUCUCCACUCCUUCUCCAUCGGUCUGCCCGGCUCGCCCGACUUGCUCGCGGCUCGCAAGGCGGCGCAGUUCCUCGGCACGGUGCACCACGAGUACACUUUUACCGUUCAGGAGGGACUCGAUGCGAUUGCCGACGUCAUCUUCCACCUCGAGACGUACGAUGUGACUACGGUGCGCGCGUCGACGCCCAUGUACCUGCUCUCGCGCAAGAUCAAGGCGAUGGGUGUCAAGAUGGUGCUCUCCGGCGAAGGGUCCGACGAGAUCUUUGGAGGCUACCUCUACUUCCACGCUGCUCCGGACAAGGCUUCGUUCCACCAGGAGUGCGUGCGUCGUGUCAAGAACCUGCACACUGCCGACUGUCUUCGUGCCAACAAGAGUACGAUGGCAUGGGGUCUUGAGGCGCGCGUGCCCUUCCUUGACAAGGCCUUCCUCGAUGUGGCCAUGAACACCGAUGCGGCCGACAAGAUGUUCUCCAAGGGUUCGUUGCAGGAGGUGGAUGCCGACGGUCGACCGCGCAUGGAGAAGUACAUCCUGCGCAAGGCGUUUGAUGUGAUCCCGGAUGAUAUUGAGGCCGGUGGUGACGGUACGGGAAGCAUGCUCUCCGCUUCGGCACCCAAGAAACCCUACCUGCCCGAGGAUAUCCUCUGGCGUCAGAAGGAACAGUUCUCCGACGGCGUGGGUUACUCCUGGAUCGACGGCAUCAAGGACCACGCUGAACAGUCCAUCAGCGACGAAAAGUUCCAGGAACGCGCAAAGAGGUACCCCACAGACACCCCCGAUACCAAGGAGGCCUACAUGAUCCGCGAGAUCUUCGAGUCCUGGUUCCCCUCGGACGCCGCCGCUUCCACCUCCGUCCGCUGGAUCCCGCGUGCAGACUGGGGCUGCGCUUCGGACCCCUCUGGCCGCGCCGUCAAGAUCCACGAGUCCGCUUACUCCGCCGACGAGUAA